UAAGGAUAUCAGCCUGGGACCGGGACGGGGACUUCCCUUUCAUCCGGCAUCCUCUUUUCACAACUUUCAUUCCCUAAUCUCCACAGUUUCGGUUUGUCGCUCGAGCAGCCUCUCUAUCUGAGAGAGCCGAGCUUUAUCUUCCUCCAUUCUCAGAAUUCAAAAACUGAUAUUAUUCUGCUUCAUCCGUGCUGAUUGCGGAAUCCAAAGGCAUUAUUUGUGAAAAGCACCUCUUGUUCUGCAAAACCUUGUUGCAACUUCAGCUAGCUUGGCCUUGUAUGGGAGAGAUUUGUAGGACCUAGCAAUUGUAGUUUUGAAUGAAGGCUUUUCGUAUGGAGGAUGGAAGUGUCUACCAUGAGAGACAGAGAUUGCAGUUCUGUCUGUUGCAUGCGCUCAAUAAUCUUCUCCAGAAAGAGGACUCUUUCUCUCGAGCUGAAUUAGACUCAAUUGCUGAAAAACUUGAUCAUGAUGAUCCUGACAAAGGAAGAUGGACUCCACUUUCUGUAAUUUUUAAAACUCACCAUAACAAAUUAACAGGAAAUUAUGAUGUAAAUGUUCUAAUCUCAGCGCUCGAGACUCGGAACAAAAAGGUGGUUUGGCAUGAUCAUCGCAAUAGUUCAGCUUCGAUUAACCUUUCUUCUGCAACUUUACUCGGUAUUCUCCUUAACAUCCCUGUGAGGCGAUUCGCUGGACUUUGGCGAGGCCGGCAUUGGGUUUCAAUACGAUGCAUCGAUGGAAUUUGGUAUAACUUGGACAGCGAUCUUUCUUCGCCAAAGCCAUUUCGAAAUUUGGAUGAGCUAACUGGAUUCCUGGACCAAGCCAUGGGUCAGGGUGGCGAAGUUCUGGUUAUCUUUCAUGACAAACUUUGAAAACCGUCUUCAUGGUAUUUGCAUUUGCACUUUUAACUGAUGGAAUUUUGGGUUGAGUUUACGUGUCUAAAAAAGGUUGUAAUUCCUGUUUGUUUUAGUUUUUCUUGGGGAAGCAUUUUACGUCUGGGGCUUCUCAUGCAAAUUUGUGUUGGAAUCGGGAUUGUUAGGCAAAUAAUCAAAGCGAAAAUCUGCAUAUGAUUGUAUGUUUCUUCAAAACCUUGUCGGUGCUUAGUUAGAGGCAUGUAGCUGAUGAUAUAUUGACUUCUAUA